AGGGACGCGUGGAGGUGUUCCAUGACAACGAAUGGGGUACAAUCUGUGACGAUUACUGGGACUAUCGAGAUGCUACUGUCGUGUGUAGGAUGCUGGGAUACUCAGGUGGUCUUCACAAGGUGGAAGGUUAUUUUGGUGCUGGCAGUGGCCAAAUUUGGUUGGACAACGUCCAGUGCACAGGAAAUGAGACAGAUAUAGGGAGGUGUGAACACCGAGGCUGGGGAGUCGCGGACUGCAGUCAUGACGAAGAUGCCGGAGUCAUAUGUUCAGGUAGCACAGGGAAUACCUCUAUUCGCUUAGUAAAUGGGGAUGCCCAAUCAGGACGAGUAGAGGUGUUUUACAACGGUCAGUGGGGAACGGUGUGUGACGAUCUAUGGGACGAUCAGGAUGCUACUGUUGUCUGCCGAAUGCUUGGAUUAAGUUUGCCAGGAACUGCUCGCACAGAGGCCUUUUAUGGACAAGGCGAAGAACCGACAUGGAUGGAUGACGUAGCUUGUACUGGCUCAGAGACAUCUUUGUUUGAAUGUCCCUUUAGAGGAUGGGGAGUCGAGAAUUGUGGUCACAGGGAGGACGCUGGUGUCUCGUGUGGAAAAAGAGAUGACAUUCGCCUUGUGAAUGGCCGAAACCCAGACGAGGGCAGAGUGGAGGUUUACCACGACAGUCGCUGGGGUACAGUUUGUGAUGAUUUGUGGGAUACCAAUGAUGCUAUUGUUGUAUGUAGAAUGCUGGGAUACAGCGGAAACGUUGGCAGGGCUUAUACGGAGGCACGGUUUGGUGAAGGGUCUGAACCAACAUGGAUGGAUGAUGUCCAGUGUACCGGAACCGAAUCGAGUUUAUUUGAAUGCACGUUCAGGGGAUGGGGUCGUGAAAACUGUGGACACAGUGAGGAUGCUGGUGUAUCCUGUUUGGAAACAGACGUGACUGUAACACCGUCGACCAUUUCCACAACGACGCCGAGAAGCGAUGGGAUUGAAGGGUCCAUCCGCCUGGCCGGCCGAGACAGCUCAGACAGAGUGGGCCGUGUUGAGAUCUAUCAUGCUGGUCAGUGGGGAACCGUUUGUGAUGAUAGCUGGGACAAGACUGAUGCACGUGUCGUCUGUAGGCAGUUAGGACUAGGAUACAGUGACAUACGACUAGUAAAUGGGUCGACAAUAUAUGAAGGCCGUGUUGAAAUAUACCACAGUGGACGCUGGGGAACAGUCUGUGACGAUGAAUGGGGUGAAAGUGAUGCGCAGGUUGUUUGUAGACAAUUAGGAUACAGCGAUGGCUACGCUAGACGGGAAGCAGCCUUCGGUGCCGGCGCAGAGCCGACAUGGUUGGACGAUGUCGGAUGUGGUGGGUACGAAUCUCGUCUGGCAGACUGUUCCUCGCGAGGAUGGGGUGUUGAAAACUGCGGUCACACUGAAGAUGCGGGUGUUGUUUGUGGGCCGCCGUUGUCCACCAGGCCAACACCGACCACAUCCACCCAGGCACCUCCAACAACGCCGAGGCCAUCAGUUCAAGAAGGAGACAUACGUUUGGUGAACGGUCCAUCAGACACGGAGGGUCGACUUGAGAUUUAUCACGCUGGACAGUGGGGAACGGUUUGUGAUGACGGAUGGACCAUCAACAAUACUCAAGUUGUGUGCAGGCAGCUUGGACACAAUGCUGUGAGUUAUAAGAAGGAGGGAUUUUACGGUCCGGGAGAAGAACCAACCUGGAUGGACAAUGUCGUUUGUCAAGGGGACGAGGAAAGACUUGUGGACUGUAGUUUUGGAGGAUGGCAAAAUGAAAACUGCGGCCAUAGUGAGGAUGUAGGAGUCAAGUGUGAACAACGAGGGGAGACUACUCCCACUGUUACAACGACAUCAGGGACAUCAGAAGGAUCCAUACGACUAGUGAAUGGCGGAACGCAAUACGAGGGCCGUGUUGAAAUUUACCAUGACGACACCUGGGGAACGGUCUGUGACGACUUGUGGGAUGCGGUCGAUGCCAGAGUUGUUUGUAGGCAGCUUGGCUACAGCGGCGGAACUCAAGUGCGAGAAGCGGGUUUUGGUGAAGGAUCAGAUCCUACUUGGCUGGACGAUGUUGAGUGCACUGGAUCAGAAGUGAGAUUGACAGAUUGUAGAUUUCCAGGAUGGAGAAUUGAAAACUGUGGUCAUGGCGAAGAUGCCGGAGUAAUAUGUUUACCACCUCCUUCACCUCCGAUUACUACCACGAUGCCAUUAUCUACCACACCUUCAACUCCUCAGGAUGGAGAUAUACGUCUAAUGGACGGUCCGUCGGACUGGGAAGGACGAGUGGAGGUAUACCACGCUGGUCAAUGGGGAACAGUUUGUGAUGACGGGUGGACAAUGAACAAUACACGUGUUGUCUGUGGCCAGCUAGGAUAUAACCCAGUAAGUUACGCAAUGGAAGCAUUUUACGGUGAAGGUACAGAACCAACAUGGAUGGACAGCGUUAAUUGUCGAGGGGACGAAAAUAGACUUGUAGACUGUGGUUUUGGAGGAUGGCAGAAUGAAAACUGUGGUCAUGGUGAGGAUGUUGGAGUUAAAUGUGAACACCGAGUGAGUACUACCCCCGAAGUCACCACCCCCACUGUUACAACACCUCUACCGACUGAUUCCACUGGAACACCCGAAGGAUCAAUUCGAUUAGUAAAUGGCGGAACACAGUACGAAGGUCGUGUUGAAAUUUACCAUAACAAUGUUUGGGGAACAGUCUGUGACGACAGUUGGGACAACGCAGAUGCGAACGUUGUUUGUAGACAGCUCGAAUACAGGGGCGGUACAUACACACGAGAGGCAUCAUUUGGUCGAGGAUCCGAACCGACAUGGAUGGACGAUGUUGAAUGCACUGGUUUAGAAUCGAGAUUGAUGGAUUGUAGUUUUCCAGGGUGGGGAACAGAAAACUGUGGUCAUGGCGAGGAUGCCGGUGUUGUAUGUUUGGCUCCUUUAAUUACCACCGCGAUUCCGUCAUCUACCACGUCACCAGGACUUCAGGAUGGAGAUAUACGUCUAGUUAAUGGUCCAUCAGACUGGGAAGGACGAGUGGAGGUAUACCACGCUGGUCAGUGGGGAACAGUUUGUGAUGACGAGUGGACAAUGAACAAUACACGUGUUGUCUGUGGCCAGCUAGGAUAUAACCCAGUAAGUUACGCAAUGGAAGCAUUUUACGGUGAAGGUACAGAACCAACAUGGAUGGACAGCGUUAAUUGUCGAGGGGACGAAAAUAGACUUGUAGACUGUGGUUUUGGAGGAUGGCAGAAUGAAAACUGUGGUCAUGGUGAGGAUGUUGGAGUUAAAUGUGAACAACGAGGGAGUACUACCCCCGAAGUCACCACCCCCACUAUUACAACACCUUUACCGACAGUUUCCACUGGACCACUCGAAGGAUCUCUCCGACUGGUGAACGGUGGAUCAGAGUACGAGGGACGCGUGGAAAUUUACCAUGACGGAAGAUGGGGAACUGUUUGUGACGACAAUUGGGGAAAUGAUGACGCUCGAGUAGUGUGUAGGCAGUUAGGAUACAGCGGGGGCACCUUUACACGAGAGGCAUCAUUUGGUGAAGGGUCCGAACCAACAUGGAUGGACGAUGUUGAAUGCACAGGAUCAGAAUCGAGAUUGAUGGACUGUAGAUUUCCUGGGUGGGGAACAGAAAACUGUGGUCAUGGCGAGGAUGCCGGUGUUGUAUGUUUGGCGCCAGGUGCCACUACAAUGCUUCCGUCAACUAGCACGCCGUCAACAUCCCAGGGAUCUCUCCGACUGGUGAACGGUGGAUCAGAGUACGAGGGACGCGUGGAAAUUUACCAUGACGGAAGAUGGGGAACUGUUUGUGACGACAAUUGGGGAAAUGAUGACGCUCGAGUAGUGUGUAGGCAGUUAGGAUACAGCGGGGGCACCUUUACACGAGAGGCAUCAUUUGGUGAAGGGUCCGAACCAACAUGGAUGGACGAUGUUGAAUGCACAGGAUCAGAAUCGAGAUUGAUGGACUGUAGAUUUCCUGGGUGGGGAACAGAAAACUGUGGUCAUGGCGAGGAUGCCGGUGUUGUAUGUUUGGCGCCAGGUGCCACUACAAUGCUUCCGUCAACUAGCACGCCGUCAACAUCCCAGGGAUCUCUCCGACUGGUGAACGGUGGAUCAGAGUACGAGGGACGCGUGGAAAUUUACCAUGACGGAAGAUGGGGAACUGUUUGUGACGACAAUUGGGGAAAUGAUGACGCUCGAGUAGUGUGUAGGCAGUUAGGAUACAGCGGGGGCACCUUUACACGAGAGGCAUCAUUUGGUGAAGGGUCCGAACCAACAUGGAUGGACGAUGUUGAAUGCACAGGAUCAGAAUCGAGAUUGAUGGACUGUAGAUUUCCUGGGUGGGGAACAGAAAACUGUGGUCAUGGCGAGGAUGCCGGUGUUGUAUGUUUGGCGCCAGGUGCCACUACAAUGCUUCCGUCAACUAGCACGCCGUCAACAUCCCAGGGAUCUCUCCGACUGGUGAACGGUGGAUCAGAGUACGAGGGACGCGUGGAAAUUUACCAUGACGGAAGAUGGGGAACUGUUUGUGACGACAAUUGGGGAAAUGAUGACGCUCGAGUAGUGUGUAGGCAGUUAGGAUACAGCGGGGGCACCUUUACACGAGAGGCAUCAUUUGGUGAAGGGUCCGAACCAACAUGGAUGGACGAUGUUGAAUGCACAGGAUCAGAAUCGAGAUUGAUGGACUGUAGAUUUCCUGGGUGGGGAACAGAAAACUGUGGUCAUGGCGAGGAUGCCGGUGUUGUAUGUUUGGCGCCAGGUACCACUACAAUGCUUCCGUCAACUAGCACGUUAUCUACGCUCCAAGGAUCUCUCCGACUGGUGAACGGUGGAUCAGAGUACGAGGGACGCGUGGAAAUUUACUAUGACGGAAGAUGGGGAACUGUUUGUGACGACAGUUGGGGAAAUGACGACGCUCGAGUAGUGUGUAGGCAGUUAGGAUAUGGGGGAGGCAGUUUUAGACGAGAAGCAGCCUUUGGUGAAGGAUUAGAACCAACAUGGCUGGAUGAUGUUUCCUGUCAAGGAGACGAGGCAAGACUGAUGGAUUGUAGAUCUAAUGGAUGGGGAAUUGAAAAUUGUGGCCAUGGAGAGGAUGCUGGCGUAGUAUGUUUACCUCCAACGACAGCACCAACGGUGCCGCCAACGACAGAAUCUCCACUACAUGAUUGCGACCCAGAGAGAGACUAUCAAUGUUUAUCUAAUAACCAAUGUGUGCCUAUAGCAAUGCUUUGCAAUGGACAGAACGACUGCAUUGAUGGCUCGGAUGAAGAACCAUGCAAUAACUUUCAGAACAUGACGGUACCAGUGGGAUCCUCUGUUGACUUCACAUGCGCAUCCAACCAUUCCUUUGGGACUAUGGUGGUGACAUGGCUACACAGGCAGAUGAACAGCUCAGAAAUGAACAUCAUUGCCGUGAACACAAUGAUAAUUAGUUCUGACGAGUUUUCAGUCAAUAGGAUUAACGAUCGUCUCAAUAUUUUGCAUCUGGAUAACGCUACUGUGCAGACCUCGGGGCAAUAUGUUUGCAAAACAGAGGUAGAAAGAAUAGCUUCACACAAUCUACACGUUGCAGGUGAAAUCUCCGGGAAUACCACCGAAACAUCGUGCGAUAUUCAGGAGAUGCUGAAUUGUAUAGAACCCGUUUCCGACCUUGGUAGUAUGACAGGUAGUCCCGAGGACGCAGCACGAAUUUGUAGUACAAUCUUCCCGGACAUGAUUUCCUGCAUAGAGAGUCUACCUCCUACAUGUAUAACCGACUCCUUGUAUACUCAGAUAGAAAUGGCUAAGCAGCAGCUUACAGCAGUUUGUCAAAUAAUUGGAGGGGGCGAUAAUGGUAGCACAGAAGAGAGCAAUAGUGAUAACACAGGAGAGGGUAAUGGCGGUCCACUUUGUAACAUACUAACCGCCAUGCAGUGUAUAGCUCCACUGUCCGAAAUGGGCAAUAUAGGAUUAAACCAGACGGAUUUUAAUCACAUUUGCAGAAACGUGUACCCUGAUGUGAUGGCCUGUAUUGAUGCCCUACCUCCGUCGUGUUCUUCUGAUCCAAUGUUCUCCCAGGUAGAGUCAGCAACACAACAACUACAAAUGGUCUGUCAAACCAUUGGAGACUGUGAUGUUUCAACACUGUCUAUAUGCCUAUCACCAUUACAAACACUGGAGGCAUACCGUAUGAAUGGAACGACUGGUGAAAGCCUUGUACAGGUCUAUUGCAGUAUAAUGAACCAAUAUAAGACGUGUAUCAGUAAAGCACCUGCCGCCUGUAAAAGUUUGACAUCUGAGGAUUUCCCCCUCAAUGAUAUUCUGUGUGGAAACGUGACCCGAGAUGAUACAUGUAACUAUAGUGGUAUCCUUGGGUGUACGUUACCGCUGGUGAUUCGUUCUGUACAGCAAGCAUUGAGUAUUCCAUCACAAGGGAUUGAGGACUGUGGGUUACUAGCGACUUUCAAAACAUGUGUGAUGCCCCUCCGUGAAGACUGUAUUAACAACAGUGUUGUUGUGACAGAAAUAGACAAGUUGUACAGCGUUAUAAGUGUAGAGACAUGUUCAGAACAGGCGUCAACACCAGCACCAUGUGCGACCGCCGAUAUACAAAAUGGCGAUGUGUUACUAUGGCCCAACCAUCCAACCUCUGCAUCAAGCACAGAAACAAUGGCAGAAUGUAAAGAAGCUGUCUGUCGCCCACCUACCUACAGCUUUAUAACAGAAGCAGCAGUCUCAAGAAGGUUGUCGGAAGACGUAGAUGUUGGCUUUGAUUGUAGAUCUUAUGACAAAGGAUCAAUAGCUGCCGUUUUAGAGGCACCAGGCAGUACAUUUCAUAGGUGUAUUUGUACAGGUUAUACAUGUGGACCUGGUCUUACGAUGUGCUCUAACUCAGAAGAGUGCAUUGUCAAUGAAAGUGUGUGUGAUGGCCAACAAGACUGCAGUGAUAACUCGGAUGAAUCAAACUGUGAUGAAUUGCUGGUCAAAGCGGAGCGAGAUAGUAGUGGUAUUGUAAUGAUGAAGUAUCGAUCUCUCACGACAUUAGUGUGUGACCAGGAUGGGACCUUUUCUGACCGUGAAGCUAGUGUCAUUUGUAAAGAAAUGGGAUUCACGAGAGGACAACGAUCUUCCUCGGGGAGGAGAGUUCUCGAUACACAAGCAUGGCUCACUCUGACCUGUGACGACACAGCAACAACGAUGUCUGAUUGUGGCCAAGAGUUGCUUGUUUCAAAGCACGCAUGCGCUACCAUGAUUCCGGCUGCCGUCAAUUGUUAUUUUUAACAAGACUAGUACUUCAUAGUUUUUUUUUUAUUUCUAAACUUGAUAUCUUUAUAUCUAUAUAUAUAUAUAUAUAGUUACAAUUAAAGUAUAUUAUAUAGAAUAUUUGUAAGUAAGAAGCAGGGGAGGCGUUUUUCUGAUAUCAAUGUAAUGCAUGCAACCACAAUUGUUUCAAUGCUACAGACUUCAAUCCGACCUAUAAUGUAUCCGGUGCACGGUGAUGAAGUCACGAGGCGUUUAAAUUGUACGCUCAAUUUUGUUCUUGAAUCAUUUUAUUUCAUCGUAUGUUAUUUCUAAAAUCUUCUUCAGAAUGCAUGCUACUAUUGUCCAUUACAAAAUUAAAUUCUGAAAAGAUCCAAUCUAAUAUUUCAUUGGUGUUGAUCUUCAGAUGUUCUCAUUAAACUUUAUUUUUCCAUAGAA